UCUUGAAACCCGGUCGCCAACGGGCCGCAGUCCCAGAAGGGAGCCGCAGUGUGCGAGGAGACUGCGUCUCCACUGGCCAGCCAAGAGAGGCCCUGGGGUCGCGCUGGGCGCCCGACGGGCCCUCCCCAGGGACCCGCCUGCCCCACACCGCCCCGCCCCGCCGGGCGCUCCGCAUCAGGUGCCCCGGCCCCAGCCCUACCUGCGGGCUCCAGGCUCCUGGGGCUUCCAGAGGAUGCUCGGGCCACCUGCGGGGACCUCGGGGCAGCAGUGAGGUCCUCUCCUCCUGUGCCGGGGGCUCCCCCAGGGGGCCGAGCAUGGUGGUUUUCCCUUGGAACCUCCUGGCUUGGGACGUCUGAGAAGAUGCCUGCCAUGAGGCUGUUCACUUGCUUCCUGCAGCUCCUGGCUGGGCUGGCACUGCCCGCUGUGCCCCCCCAGCAGUGGGCCUUGUCUGCUGGGAAUGGCUCAUCGGAGGUGGAAGUGGUGCCCUUCCAGGAAGUGUGGGGCCGCAGCUACUGCCGGGCACUGGAGAAGCUGGUGGACAUUGUGUCGGAGUACCCCAGCGAGGUGGAGUACAUCUUCAGCCCGUCCUGCGUCUCCCUGAUGCGCUGCACAGGCUGCUGCGGCGACGAGAACCUGCACUGUGUGCCCAUAGAGACCGUCAAUGUCACCAUGCAGGUCCUGAAGAUCCGCGCUAAGACCCGGCCCUCCUACGUGGAGCUGACAUUCUCUCAGCACAUCCGCUGCGAGUGCAGGCCUCUGUGGGAGAAGAUGAAGCCAGAAAGGAGGAGACCCAAGGGCAGGGGGAAGAGGAAGAGAGAGAAGCAGAGACCCACAGACUGCCACCUGUGCGGCCAUACUGUUCCCCGGAGGUAACCGGCCCCUCGGAGGAGAGUCGCCUCCGCCCGGCUCCUGUAUUUAUUAUUACGGCCACACUCAGUCCCCUCCCUGCUGACGCCUCUAUUUAUUAGCCAGUUGUAUCCCUGCUGAAUGACUUGCUCCCUCCGCGAUGAGGGGCAGGGAGGGACAGGACCCUCAGGAAUUCAGUGCCUUAAACAGAAC